AUGACGAUCAGUCAAUACUUCUCAAAAGUAAAAUCUUUAUGUGAUGAAAUAUCAAAAUUAGAUCCUGAGAAUGCUAUCACGGAGACAAGAAUGAGGAUAAUUAUUGUUCAUGGUCUAAGGUCGGAGUACAAAGGCAUAAUUAUAGCCACAGAACCAACUUUAUUUGAGUUGGAAAAUUUGUUGGCAAAUGAAGAAGAUUUGGAGAAGCCAUUAUCAAGUUUCACUAUAAAAGAUGAAGAUAAAGUGCUAUUCACCAGAAGACACGACUAUAAAAAAAGAGAAAUGGAGAGACGCUCACGGCCAAGAAGAGACCAAAAGAAUCAACAUCAAAGAAGUCAACGACAAAACAAGCUGGCAAAAGGCUUUAACAAUCGACAAAUGGAAAAGUGCUACAAUUGUGGAAAGAAAGGACACUAUGCUAGAGACUGUUGGUACAACAAAGUUGAAGGUAGUGUAGUGUAA